ACCAGACUGAUAUAUAUCACGGCAGCGUAUAUAACAGGAAUCACUGGGUAUUCUGCAGUGGAGGAGCAGUGCCACAGUGCACUAUUGCAGGAAUGAGAGGGAGAUCAGUGCAGUAAGUGCCAAUAUCCCUGUCAAUUCCAAUGCAGUUUGGUUGUUAUCCCUAUAGGUGAUAAUUACUACUGUGAUCUUCUAUUUAUAUAUGAAACAACAAAGGCAACGAUGGGUUAGCUUUUCUACAGCCAGCAAUGGAAUCUCCCACCUCCUCAAUCCUGCCUACAACCUCUGCUCUCUCUUGAUUUUUCACCUUCAAAAACUCAUUUACCUGAUAUCUCCAUUAAGCUAGCCUCAAAUAACUAUCUUUAAUGGAAAGCUCAAUCUAUUCCAAUAUUGAGAGGACAUAGUCUUCUUGGAUAUGUGACGAAUGGGGUUCCCUGUCUUGAAUUAACCAUCAUUGAUGCUGAUGGUUCAUUGCAACCCAAUCUAGCUGCAGCAACUUGGCUUGUAUUGGUCAAUUGAUCCUUGGAUGGAUCAACAGCUCUCUCCCACGUCAUCAAUAGUGAAUCCUGUCAUGAUGCUUGGAAUGUUUUGGAGACUUUUUAUGAAAGUCAUACCUAAGGAACUUCUUCUUUAGAGGAUUACCUGCACAAAGCCAAGUCUUAUUAUUUGUAUCCUGCGUGGGUUAGGAUCUGAGUUUGAUCCUAUUGCAUCAGCACUCAAUGCUCGUGACAUGUUUCCUUUAAAGUAUUGAGUUUUUCACUGAGUUCUUUCACCAUUUUUUUUUAAUGGGUAAAGUUUUACAAAGUCCAACGGAGAGAAGUACAAUAAGUAGGAAUUCAUUCAUUCAUAAAUAUGGAUAAGGGAGCGAAGUUGAUAAUUUUUUUAUAAACUUCGAGGAUUUUAUCGAAAAGAAAUAAGUUGUUUGGAUUAAUCAAGAUUCGUUGAUGGAUUUAUUAAUUUGAAGUUCCCCAAAAGAACAGGUUUCGGGUUCCAAGUCAAAGAUAAACACGGUUUAUCGCUCCAGUAGUUUAUGGAUUCCAAGUCCAACUCCUUUUGCGGAUAUAUAAACUCCGAAGCCACAGUCGAAUCAUAUAAAAGACAAUCGCUGGAUUACUCUUGUUCAGGAACGGGUUCAAGAGGCUUUUCAUACAAACCAGGUAACCUAGUUUACAGAGCUUGUAACUUGGAGGUACGCAUAGAGACACCUAUGCAAGGGAUGGACAGCAUGAGUUUGAAGGGAGACUUGGAUGAUCAUGCAAAGCUGAACACGAGAGAUUUGGGUGAUGGCAGUACAAAGAGGAAAAAUUGGUUUAUUCUAUUUCACGUGGUGAUCAUCUUUUCUUUGAUCACAAUACUGUGGGCAGAAGCUGAAUGGAAUUCUAUGAGAAAGAUUAUGAGAUUACGUAUCCAUACAUUGCCUUUCUUAUCUGCAACCUGUCAAUGCCUCCCUUUUGUUCUAAUGGUGUUGAUUUACCUCCUUUAUUCUAUAGCCUGGUUUGACAGUCUUAAAAUAAUUCUCCGAGUAACAUCCCUCAAAGAAUAUUUGGAUGAUUAUGCAAAUCUGAAAGCAGCGGGAGAUUUGGAUGAUUAUGCAAAAAGGAAAAAUGAGUUUAUUCUGUCUUGUUGGGUGAUCGCUUCUUUGUUCGCAGCAUGGUUUGGAUGGGAAUUUACGAAAGAGGUUUCAAAUCUCCCUAAAUUGCCAUUCUUAUCUGCAUUCUUUCAGUGCAUCCCUUAUGUUAUAGCCGCGUUGAUGUACGUCUUUCAUUCUAUUGUCUUCAUUGCUUCUUUUGAAAGAACUCCAAAAGGUGAUGCCCUAAAGAAUACGUAG